AGUGUGUGAGUGUGGGAGUGUGUGUGUGUGAGUGUGUGUGUGUGUGUGAGUGGAGUCCUCCGAGGGUUUGUGUGUCUUCGGGAGCUGAAAUGGUGAUUAUAGACUAGAGAGAGAGAGACUAAGGUGUGGCAAGACGGGGGCGGCGUCACAGGCUUUUUGUCUAUAGUUCCCGUACAGCCCACCAGCCGGGGAGGAGGCUCAGCCAGUGUCUAUCAGAGAGAGAGUGUGUGUGUGGGGGUGUGUGUGUGUGUGUGUGUGUGUCCCGGAGCCAUGCAUGCACACAGUCUGGGGGAUUGAAAGAGCCGCUGCGUGAGGUUGAACUAUACUAUACUCUCGAAACCAGGACCUGAACUAAAGGGGGGGAAACGAAGACGAGCACAAGUUCAAGAAGCUCCGUGGAUCCUUUUGUAGACAGGAAGGACAAAAACCACACAGGAGGAACGACCAAGUGGAGCGCUGCUGGAGCACAUUCUCUUCCUCAUUCAUUCUUCUUUUUUAGCAACUCAUUACAGAGAGAAAGCAGAAAACGGAGCACCAGAACUUGUGCGGAGUGCCCACUGAGGAACAUAAAACCUUUUCAAGAGGAUUUCCUUUUUUUUCAGAUUUUUAAAGGAUGCCAUUUCAAUGACAAAACCUUUUGGAAUAUGGGACUUUUAAUCUAUGAUUUGGACCAUGGGGACAGGCAUCUCUGUUUUUGUGCUCAGCUCUGGGUAAUUCUGAUAACUCUUGCAGGUAAAGUCUCUCCAACCAGCUCCGAUGCCCUCCUCAGCUCCUCGGCGAUGACGGCCAGCCCGUCGCCACCCAACGUGUAUCUCCCCGCCAACUUCAAAAUGUCCAAUGCACAACUGGCCUUCUUCUUGCGGGAGGCUCAGAUCACAGGACAAACAGUUGGCGGCGGCGGCAGGAGCGGCGGUGGUAGUGGCAGCAGCAGCAGCCCCAGCACGGGACACCCGCUGCAGCGCUCAGAGAGUUUUGUGGUUUUCCAGACAAAAGACCUGCCCGCCAUCAACAUCAGCUUCGGGCCCUUCGCUCAGGACCAGGCCGUGUCUAAGGAGUUGCUGCAGCCAGCCAGUCCUCUGGAUAUCCCCGGGCAGCUGACGGUCAACUGGAAGGUGCGCGCCUUCAUUGUCCAGGCCCGGGUCUUCUCCAACAACCCCACCGUCCAGGUGUUCUUCUACAUCGCCGGCCGGGACUGGGACGAUUUCAAAGCGCAGGACAAGCUGCCCUGCGUCCGGCUGCACGCCUUCAGGGACGUCCGGGAGAUCAAAACCUCCUGCCGCAUGAAAGGCAACCUCGCUCAGUGCUUGGCCCAGCUGGAUCUGCCUCCGUCCUGGUUUAACACCAACGUGGCCCCGCUGGGUCGGAGGAAAGGCUCCAGUGACGGGCUCCUGGACGGGCUGACGAGUGAGACCCUGCAGGCCGAGCUCUACUACACCCUGCACGGGCCUAAUCCGGACGGGGAGUGCAGCGAGGGCUCUGGUCAUCGGGGUGCUGGUGGUGGUGCUUCUUCUCGGGGAGAGCCUCUGUCACAGCACCCUCUGCUGCGCAUCGGGAGCAUCAGCCUCUACCAGGCCAGUCAGGAGCAGCUGCUGGUGGACAAGCAGCUGGACAAGAACAUGUUCCUCAGGCUGCCCGAGAAACCCCUUAAGCCCGGGGAGACCCUCACAAUCUUCCUCUACCUGAUGCCCAACUCCACGGUGGAACAAUUCAGCCUCAA